GCUUUCGAUAGGUAUCGAUUUACAAACACACGGCUUCGCGUUGUUUUUGUCAGACCACCGUUCAAACGUCAAUUUUGAUUAUUUUUAAGCCGUGGAAAGUGUUUUAAAACCUACGUUUCAAUAAUUGUAUCCAUUACCAUUCUAAAAUACUUCCUUUUCGUCAAGUAUCUUUCUUCCUGUCAUUUAUUCUUUAACAACACAUAUUUAUGCAGCAGAUUUUUGGUGAAGUCAGUGGUCAUUAACGACCAUGUCGCUGUACGACGACGUCGAUGCUAUUAAGCAAAAGAACGACCCGGUUGCGGGAUGGUCCUCAGGAAUCAAACUUUUCCAGUCACAACUACAGUUAAAGAAGGCUACUCAAACCCAGCCGAAGAGAGACAUCACAAGAAAAUUAGGAGGUCCUGUUUUACCUCCUGUAAUAGACUUGAAAACCAAAAAGGACGAUGAAGAUAUAUUUGGAAGUGUACAUAGCAAGCCUGCUCCCGUGGGGUUGUCAAAUCGUGAUGACUGGCAAGUUGAAGGAGAGUAUGAUCCUAUGUGGCCAAAUGAUUAUGAAAAAGUAGUAAUUGAAUUAAAGGAAAAGCGUGAACGCGAAAAACUUAAAGAGGAAGAUGAUAGAAGAAAACGUCGAGGCGAAAUGGCUAGACCAAGGGAUACGCGAUUCGAAAUGUCAGAAUUACCUCGCCCUUCUGAGGAAGAGGAGGAAGAUACUGAACGAAUGACUAAUAUGGGGUCUACUCCAAGAAGUGGAGGCGCUGCAAUUGCUCCACCUCCUUCAUUGCAAGAGCCAAGCCAACCGACAGAGGCUCCUUCAGGAGCAAAGCCCGCACCAUCAUUUGGGGGAGGCUCUGUUGCAGCCAAAAUUAUGGCCAAGUUUGGUUACAAGGAAGGUCAAGGUUUGGGCAAAAAGGAGCAAGGAAUAGCCAUGGCUCUUCAGGUCGAGAAAACAAGUAAACGAGGAGGAAGAAUUAUUCAUGAAAAAGAUAUGAUGCCUCCUCCCUUGUUUGCCAUGCCCACUGCUCCUGUCUCUGCGCCUCAAGCAGCAACUACUAGUACUCAGCCUAAGCCAGAACCUUCUAUCACAGAUAUUUUGAGAGAACCAUCCAAAGUAGUGCUGCUCAGAAACAUGGUAGGACCUGGAGAAGUUGAUGACGACUUAGAGCCUGAAGUUAAAGAUGAAUGCAAUACUAAAUAUGGAGAGGUUAUUAAAGUAGUUAUAUAUGAACUUCCGCACAAUCCACCUGAUGAGGCUGUCAGAAUAUUUGUUGAGUUUAAACGCAUGGAAUCUGCUAUUAAAGCUGUGGUUGACCUAAAUGGAAGAUUUUUUGGAGGUCGUCAAGUGAAAGCUGGCUUCUACAGUUGGGAUCGCCUUCAAAUGCUUCAACUUCUAGACUGAUAAUUUUACAUAUUAUUUACAUAAUACUUAUCUAAUAAAUUUCAAACUACUCUAUAAA